AUGCCGUCUACUAAGAGCAAGAACAUCAUCAUCACCGGCGGUGCGCGAGGCCUCGGCCGCUGCACAGCGCGACAUUUGCUUUCGUUACCGGCAUCGCAUCGCGUUUUCAUCAUCGAUUUCGACAAAGACGAACUGAAUUACGCUGUAAACACACAUCUGGCCUCCUACGCACCACGCGUCAGCUCUUCGAUAACCAACCUCCGCAAUCCAGAGGAGAUCCGCAGCGCAGUUGCCAAAGCCGCGGAAUUCUUCGGCGGUCGCAUAGAUGUCCUUGUCAACAAUGCAGGUGUAGCGCGAGGCUUCUUCAACGCGGGAAAUGGGACCAUGGAAGAUGUCGCUACGGGAGAGCAAUGGGAACAGUACAUUGCUACUAAUCUCAGCGCACCCUUCUAUAUGAGCCAAGCCGUCAUUCCUUUCAUGAAGAGCAAGAACACGCAGAAAGAUGGUGCGCCGGGUGUUGAUCGGACGAAAGAUUUGAAGCGUACGGACGAGUUCAAUCAGUUGCCGCUGAAUCUCCAUGGCGAUGACAAAUUCGACGAAGGAGGCUGCAUCAUCAACGUUGCUUCUUUCCGCGCUCAUCAGUCGGACCCGGAUUGCGAAGGCUAUGCUGCGAGCAAGGGCGGUGUACUGGCUCUUACACAGGCCAUGUCUGUCUCGUGCCAACGCUGGGGAAUCCGUGUUAUGGCGAUCUCACCGGGCUGGGUCAGCGUGCAGCACGAGUGCAAAGCUUAUGAUCUGCAGAUCAAAGAGACGCAAAACGGAUCGUACAAAGAGACUGCACCUCAUGAGGAGGAAGCGAUGAAGCUGAGGAUGAAGGCCUGGGCGGAUGAUCUGGACGAGCUUUACCACAAGCAACAUCCAGCCGGCAGAGUGGGCAGAGGAGAAGAUCUCGCUGAGAUGGUCGAGUACGUCAUGGGUGCGGGUUUCUUGAGUGGACAGGAGUUGAUUCUGGAUGGUGGUGCGAACCGAAGAAAGAACCCCAAUAUCUGA